GUGUCAGAUAUUCAUAUCAGCAGUUUUCGGGAUCCCAAACGAGCUCCUGACUUUGAAAAAUUCUGUUCUGAAACAAUUGAUGUGAUUCGGCCAGCACUUGUUCUAGCAACAGGUGAUCUGACAGAUGCUAAGACAAGAGAUAAACUGGGAUCUGAACAGGUAGAAGCAGAAUGGAAAACUUACCAGGCAAUCCUGAAGAGAUCGAGGGUCAUGGAAAAAACCAGGUGGAUAGACAUCAAAGGGAAUCAUGAUACAUUCAACAUUCCACACCGGGAUAGUGUUCAGAAUUAUUACAGGAAAUACUCUGCGUGGCGUAAAGAUGGCUCUUUCCACUACAUCCACUCUACCUCUUUUGGGAACUAUUCAUUCAUCUGUGUGGAUGCCACGCUCAGCCCAGGCCCUAAGAGACCCUAUAAUUUCUUUGGGAUUCUAGACAUGAAUCAAAUGACAGAGCUGUCUUUGAUGGCAACAGAAAGUCUGCACAGCAACCAUACUAUCUGGUUUGGUCAUUAUCCCACUUCAACAAUCAUCUCCCCAGCCCCAGGAAUACGAACAUUAAUGAGUUCUGCCACAGCCUAUCUGUGUGGACAUCUCCAUACACUGCAUGGGCUGAUGCCAGUCUUGCACAGUCAGCACCGUGGUGGCACUCUGGAACUUGAGCUAGGAGACUGGAUGGAUAAUAGGAAGUACCGGAUCCUUGCGUUUGAUCAUGACCUCUUCAGCUUUGCAGAUCUUAACUUUGAAGAAUGGCCUGUAGUUCUCAUCACCAAUCCCAAAUCCUUCCUUUACAGCAGUUCUGCUCAUGAACCACUAGUCAAAAUUCUUUAUUCCACUCAUAUCAGAAUUCUGGCAUUCUCUCCUUAUGUCAUCAUCUCCGUUGAAGUCUAUAUAGAUGGAGCUCACUUGGGGAAUGCACAUCAGGUGUCUGGUCCUCUCUACGUGCUGAAGUGGAACCCACAAAACUACAGUGAAGGGUUCCAUCACAUAGAUGUGACUGUCCUGGAUGCUUCAGGAAGAAUUAGCACACGAGGCCAUAUAUUUGCUAUGGAAGAAAACCUCUCUCUUAGAUUUGACUUCUGGCCAUCUGUUAUUCUGCUCACUGACCACUAUGUUUUAGCUCGUGUGCUCUUUGGACUGAUGGUGCUGAUUCAGAUCAGCUUGCUUGUUGCUUUCAGAUACCUCCAAAAGCCAACACUCAAAGAAAAGCCAGGAUUACUUACUCUGACUUCGUAUUCCCUGCACGUCUUCAGUAAAACAAACACCUUCUAUUACUCAAUUCUGGUUCUGAAUUUAUACACCAUUCUGGGACCAUGGUUUGUGGGUGAACUGGUAGAUGGCCACAUGGGGGCCUGUUUCUCCUUUGGGGUGUUCGUUGGUGGCUCCUUCUUACAGGGCAGUAUGACAUUUGCGGUUGGGAUUUUACAGAUGUUGUUUUUCAACCUGCCAUUGAUGGCCUAUCUGUGCUGGUGCCUGUUGCUGCGAUGCCAAGGUCACAGCUUCCGCUCACACUUCUGUCGCAUCCCACGUCUCGUGGCUGCGCUCGUUCACCUGGCAAUGACACUCCUCCUGGCCUGGCAGGUUUAUUCCUGCUAUUUCCUGCUGCGAACCUAUGGGACCUUGGCUUUCUUCCUCUCCCCAAUGAGAACGUGGCUGGUGGGACUGACCUCAGCUCUGAUUUAUAAAACCUGGACACUGAAAUCAUCUGAGCUCAGAACUUACAUAGUAGAAAUGAAAAACUGUCAGAGCUCCUAA